AUGACUCCCAAAUCUGCGAAUGGUGAAGUUCAUUUGACCAAGUCAGUGGGACAUGGAAAUAGUGCUUGGGAGCACCCCGGCCUGCAGUCCCUUCAAAACCGACAACGAGUGUUCUGCAAGGGUGGGGAGGACCGGCACUCCGGGACCUGCAAGGGAGAACCGCAGCCGAGGCAGCCGCCGGGGAGACCUGUUGAAACCGCCCGUGGGCGGUCACCGCCGGUCUGCCUCCUCUGCCCAGGAGUGGAGCGCGGCACACCGUCGGCGGCAGGCGAAGGGGGAAGCCGCGCCUGCGGAGCGGAGCUGAAGUUCAACGGGGCUUGGAGCAGGACGCGGAGCGAAGCCCCGCCAGACGUCGCCUCCGGGAUGGCUGCCCGGCGGCUUCUUCUGGCCCUCGCGGUGACUUUGGGCCUCCAGUGCAACACCAAAGCGUUGAGUCUCUCUCAGAAGAAUGCCACACCUGUGGUCUCGAAUCUGAGGGGUGAGGAGAGUGAGUUCUACGAUCAUCAAGGGCGUCACUGCAGGAUGUGUCCUCCAGGUUAUUCUGUCGCUCAUCAUUGUGAGAUCUCAGGCACGACCUCGACUUGCAAGCCCUGUUCCAAUGAUUCAUUCUCCACGCACUUGAAUUCAUUCCAUGAGUGUGUCCCCUGCAAAAUCUGCAGAUCUCUAGAUCAAGUGAUGCUAAAGUCAUGCUCCAAAACCAGCAAUACUGAAUGUGCCUGCAAGGAGGGCACCUUCUGUUCUCCCAGCCAGCCAUGUGAAACGUGCCAUAAGUGCAAGCCCAGGUGUCCUGAUGGAGAAGAGAUGGCGCAGCCUUGCACCCCACAGAGUGACAUAGAGUGUGUGCCAAUCCCAACAAGCUCACCAACUGUUCCAUCAGGAAAGAAUGAUUCCAAAACACUUACUCCACUGUGGGUUGGCAUCUUCGGUGGCAUCCUUGUUCUGUGUAUCGUUGUUGCGAUUUACAAGUACAGGAAGAAUCUCCGGUGCUGUUUUCGAGACUACGCAACAAGAACUAGAGCAAACUCGAUCCGUUCAAAGACAAAGUGCGCUCACGGACCAACAGAGAGUGAAGACAAUGAAUGGAAUGCAGGAAAGGACCUGCUGUCCCAAAGUCAGCCUGGCCCCAGCACAAGGCAGCCUGAUGAAACCAACCCUUUGCGAGAAGAGGAAUGCCCAGUACCCUUAGAAGAGGAGAGGAGGAAGCUGGUUCCCUCAGAUGGGAAGGACCCAGCAGACACUCUGUGCCUGUCUUUCUGUACUAUUGUGGAAGAGGUGCCCCUCAACAAGUGGCAUUCCUACAUGAUGGUCCUUGGUUUGACGUACAAUGAGAUUGACAUUGCUAAAGCAAACGCCCACGGCAGUGUGACUGAACAACACUUUCAGAUGCUUCGGACAUGGCAAGAGAAAAAUGGGAAGAAUGCAUCUUUGGACACUUUGCUGAAGACACUCUGUGACCCAAAUGUGAAUCUCAAGGGGGUUGAGAUAAAAAUAAGGGAAACCCUGAUCUCCAGGCAUCUGUAUGUCUAUGAAGAAUGA